AAGAUGGUUUGUUUGGUAUCUCGCACAGGAAGGGAGUUGCAGAGAUACAACAACAUGGGUGGCCGUCAAGUUGUGGGAUGCAUACCUUAUAGGUAUAAAGAAGAUGUAUAUGGAAAUAUGAGCAACGAAGUGGAAGUACUAGUGGUUAGUUCACAGAAAGGUCAAGGAUUGAUGUUCCCCAAGGGAGGAUGGGAACUUGAUGAAUCUUUAGAAGAAGCAGCUUGCAGGGAAUCCCUUGAAGAAGCAGGAGUCAAAGGAAUCGUUGAGUGUGAAUUGGGCCAAUGGAGUUUCAUUAGCAAGAGACAUGGCAUAUACUAUGAAGGGCACAUGUUCCCUUUGUUUGUCAAGGAGCAACUUGAUAUGUGGCCGGAGAAAAAUCUACGUAGAAGAAUAUGGAUGACUGUCGCUCAAGCUAGAGAAGUUUGUCAACAUUGGUGGAUGAAGGAAGCAUUGGAUAUAUUGGUUCAACGACUCAUGUCUUCACAACAAAAUAAAGAUAUAGCAUUGACCAGUUCUUUAAGUUUUUAA